AUGGGGAUCAGGUUACCGCCCAGGAGGGCAAAGGAGGCAGAGUUGGGGGGUGAUGGGACUCUGGUGCUGGUGUCGGUGAAUGUUACAAGGAGGAAGAGGAGGUUGAAGCUGGAUGGGAUUGUGAGGACAGUUAUCACUCUGGGUUGUAACAGAUGGGGAACACAGAAGCCUGCUAUACUGGAGAAUUCAGUGACAAUGUUAUCAAAUGCUGAAUUGCGAAUGGCUAUGUUUAGUUUAGGAUUGUUCAUGGCUUUGCAACCAAGGAUAACCUGUGGAAAGAAACAUGCAACAAUUGGAACGUUGAUAAGGUUCAUUACUGGUCCUGCUGUAAUAGCAUUAGCUUCUGUAGCAGUCGUCAUUAGAGGCAAACCAAUCAGAGUCUCUAUAGUUCAGAUGCUAUUCACCAUAGCUAGAGGUUCGCAAUCUAAAAAACCCCCUAAAGCAUACAUGGCACAAAAACAAGAACACACAGUUCUUCUUCUAGAUAUAGGAGCUCAUGUAGAUCCUCUGGACAGAGACAUUUCCACUUCAAGAAUCACAUUGGUUCCUGAUCUUCUAUUUCCCCACUCGAGUUUCACUAACUUGACCGUCGUGUAG